AUGGAGAUAGCGGAAUUACAACAGGACGGGCUGAUUGGGUCACAUUUAGAACUGGACAAUAUUGUGUCAACCUUGUCAAGUAGAAGUCAGGGAAUGUUUCUGUGGGCAAGGCUAAUGUCAUGCUACCUCGAGUGCAAGGCAUUGUCACCGGAUGAACGAGAAGAAGCCAUUUUUACUGUUGAACUUGUCGAAGGCUUGGAAAGCCUGUACCAGAAGAUUCUGUUCAUGCUCCGAAGGGGGUACCGCAAGUCCGGAGAAAGGCUCAAGAGGAUAUUCUCACUGAUGUCCACCUCCACUUCGCGAUUGACGGUCACUCAACUUCGGAUUGCGCUGGCAAUUAAACCCGGGAAAGCUACUAAGCAAUCCCAGCUUAUCGAAAAUCUGGAACGAGACCUUCCUAUUAUAUGCGGAUCUCUCGUUGAAGUUUACCAUAGUCGCGUCCAGUUUGUCAUUACAACCCCAGAGCUACGAUUUAUUACUGAACCAUUCUUUGUCGAUCGAAGUCAAGCCUAUCAAGAGAACGCUAAUUUGUGUCUCUCGUAUGUCAUCUACGAUAUUCCAAAAGGACCACUAGGCAGCACUCGAGCUAAGGAAGAAACUACCAAGGAUUUGAACAAUAGAUUCCCGUUUCUUGAAAGAUCUCUUGCCUGGAUGCAGCACGCAACAGCCAGCUUGUCAGAACGAUCCAAUUUGUAUGGAGGGAACAACUAUGAGAAACUGCGGAUCCAGUUCCUGUCAUUGCUUUCCGCUUUCAUGGAUGACCCACUCUCCGUCACAACUUGGAUCGAGGCUGCAUGGUCUUUCAAUUCCAAGCCUGUGAUUGAUUGUCUUGUGUACAAAUUAUCCCCUGCAGACACCAUGGAUUCUACUCCAAGGGUCCUCGAAGAUGCGACCUAUAAGAAGCUUGGAGAUUUUGGCCACGACCUCAGAAAGUUGUGUGAUGAGUGGGAACACCUGCUGAAACACGACCCCGGCUCUAUCUGGCGCCCUAGUAUUACUGCAUUCACUAAAUCUUCGUUUUGGAGCAACACGACUGAUACAAUAGUUUCAUCCCUUGCCCCAGAAGACGUCAUGUCGUCAUCAAGAGAUAAUACAUCGAGCGUCAGUGGUCAUGCCAUUCUUGUGCAGUCUCAAAUAUCACACCAAACAGGAGUACUAGGGAUUGUGAUGGUUCUUCCAUCUAGGCAAGUUGACCAUUCAUAUAUGGCACUUUUUAAGAGCUUAUUUCCUUCACCGAGAGAAAAGUCAACUCUUUCGCCGCUUACCGAAGCUGAAGAGUCGAAUUUGAUUCAAUUUGCAAGUAAAGGGUGGAGUAUCAAAUACCAACAACGAUCUAUCCAAACAGAAGGCUUAAUACUCGAACUUGAGCAUGGUCUGUGCGAAGAUCAGGUACAAGAGUUACUCACACAGAGCAUUGCUUCCGGUCAGCCAGAUCGCUUCCCGUUCCCAAUAGCAUUCAGCAAGAGUCUCAAUCGUCUGCUUGUCCUUCGUACGCUCCUCACUCUGGAUAUCAAUACCUCGGAUGGAUAUUGUCUGAAAGCCCAGACGUUCCAACGGGACCCAAAAAACACACAUUCAUACUGUUCAAUCUUUUCUGACUCGGAGAAAGCACUCGCGUUCGUUUCGGGAAGAACCAGCAUUACUCAGGUUAUGCAACAGAAUGUUCAGAUCUGGAGUGAAGAAGACGAUUCCGGCAAAGAUGCCGAGUUCAGAAAAAGAGGUACAGUUACUGUAAGUUGGUUGAACCCUCGCGAGUCUUCGUCCAGUAUCUGUACUCCUGGCUUUAUCUUCCACCCGACUUUACCCUUGAUUGUGUUUGCUGAGUGGACGCAUGUGUCCCUGUGGUGGUAUAAUAAGCAUAAACGAAGUGAACGAACUCCAAUAAUUAGUGGCCCGGCUUCCCCACUUGAGUUCGUUGACAAAUGUGUACUUCUCUACACAAUCUGGAUUCAAGAGCAGGAUCGUCUUACGGCUGACGAGAAGAAGCGAAGUCAACGGAUGAAGGACAAAGGUCCCUACAGCGACAUUGACUAUGAUGACCCUGCUUCCUUUGACAACUGUGCCCCCUCGGUUCAGUCAUUCCCGGCCAUUGACCUUACGGAAGUGAUUAAUUCGGUGAUUUCUGUUCUCAGCAUCAGCUCACUCACGACCUUGCCGGCAGCUUCAACCCCAACUCUAUCAACGCACUCGACAACGUUCAGUUCGAAGAUCUCCGGUCUCAAGCUCUGGCAAGAGUCUUCCAAAAAUGCAGUCAUCCUUGAGAUAGGUGAGGAUGAUAGUUCAGAAAGCUGUCUCCUGAGCCAUCUCCCAAGGUUGACAAGUGGAGAAAAGACUUUUAUUUCCCUCCUUGGCUUCAUGGAAAAUGACAGGUGGUUGAAACUUGUUUGGAACAAAGGUCCACAAGAGUCAUACUGCCUCGGAGAUACGCCUCAUCCAUACUUACCUAGCAUCAUUUCGAGAAAACCAGAGUCAAUUGAAUACGAGGAUUGGGGCCGGAAAGCAAUCGAAGGGGCUCGCCCGCCGCUGAAAGCUUUGUUAGCCAACCCUAUGGGGACUUCUGCCAAGGAGCAAACCGAACAAGGUAGACAGUGGAGCACGUGUAGCAAUUGCAGGUAUGCAUGCCAAGCCCAUGGAAUUGGGAUCUGUCUUAACAAUCUUAUCCAGAAUGAGGAGAAUUAA